GUGUUGGCCCCGAGUGUGACCGGUUUCCGGCCGGUGGUGCUGCACCGGCUGCCAGGAGACGUGUAACGGACGGUGGGCCGCAGCCAUGGCCGAGAGGAAACCUAACGGUGGUGGCGGCGCCGCGUCCACCUCCUCAUCGGGCACUAACUUGCUCUUCUCCUCCUCGGCCACGGAAUUCAGCUUCAACGUGCCCUUCAUCCCAGUCACCCAGGCGGCCGCUGUCUCGGCCUCCUUGCUCCUGCCGGGAGAGGAUUCCACAGAUGUUGGUGAGGAGGACAGCUUCCUUGGUCAGACUUCUGCUCACACAUCUACCCCACAGACAUUUAGUUACUUCUCUCAGGUAUCAAGCAGUAGUGAUCCUUUUGGGAAUAUUGGACAGUCACCGUUAACAACUGUGGCAACAUCAGCUGGACACUCAGCAUUCUUCAAGUCCCCAGCUGCUCUCCCUUUCACAACCGGAUCCCAAGAUGUGUUGAAUGCAUGUUCACCAUCCAUUUCGAAGGCUCAGUAUGGUGCUCCACCUUCUUCACAGAUGGGAAUGAAUACUUAUCUGCCUUCUCAGCCGAGUAGUCUCCCUCCUUCCAAUUUUGGGAGCCCACCGCAAGGAACACCCCAACAGGGACAUAAUCCGUAUCGUCAUACUCCUGUGAGCAGCCGGGCUAAUCCUUAUAUUGCACCACCACAGCUGCAACAGUGCCAUACACAAGGCCAUCCCACCCAUCCUCCACCCCCCGGACCCCCUGUUCAGAUGUACCAGAUGCCUGUAGGAUCUCUGCCACCGAUUCCUCCUUCAGUGCCAUCAGGGUUGAGCCCUCCAACGCAACAGCAGGCACUUGCUAGACCUGCAGGUCCCUCUGUGCACGCGCCACCUUUUCUACUUCAGAACCAGUACGAACCUGUUCAGCCCCAUUGGUUUUACUGCAAGGAGGUAGAAUACAAACAGCUAUGGAUGCCUUUCAGUGUGUUUGACUCUUUGAAUCUUGAAGAAAUCUAUAAUUCAGUCCAGCCAGAUCCGGAGAGCGUCGUUCUAGGCACCGAUGGAGGGCGCUAUGAUGUUUAUCUCUAUGAUCGAGUGAGGAAGGCCGUGUACUGGGAGGAGGAGCCCGCUGAAGUGAGACGCUGUACUUGGUUUUACAAAGGGGACACAGACAGCAGAUUUAUUCCCUAUACAGAGGAGUUCAGUGAAAAAUUAGAGGCUGAAUAUAAAAAAGCAGUGACCACGAAUCAAUGGCACCGUAGAUUAGAAUUCCCAAGUGGAGAAACAAUCGUUAUGCACAAUCCAAAGGUUAUUGUCCAGUUCCAGCCUUCAUCGGUACCAGAUGAAUGGGGAACCACACAAGAUGGACAGACAAGGCCCAGGGUUGUAAAGCGUGGGAUUGAUGAUAACCUUGAUGAGAUUCCUGACGGGGAAAUGCCUCGGGUUGAUCAUUUGGUGUUCAUGGUACAUGGGAUUGGACCUGUGUGUGACUUGCGCUUUAGAAGCAUUAUUGAAUGUGUGGAUGAUUUUAGGGUGGUUUCUCUGAAAUUGCUGCAGACACAUUUCAAGAAAUCUUUAGACGAUCGGAAAGUAAGCAGAGUGGAAUUCCUUCCUGUUCAUUGGCAUAGUUCCUUGGGUGGGGAUGCCACAGGUGUUGACAGGAAUAUUAAGAAAAUCACUUUACCAAGUAUUGGUCGGUUUCGUCACUUUACCAAUGAAACCUUGCUAGAUAUUUUAUUUUACAAUAGCCCCACCUACUGUCAGACGAUUGUGGAGAAAGUGAGAAUGGAGAUAAACCGCCUGCAUGCACUAUUUAUGAGUCGGAAUCCAGACUUCAAAGGAGGAGUCUCUGUUGCUGGUCACAGUUUAGGUUCUUUAAUAUUGUUUGACAUCCUGUCUAAUCAAAAAGAUUUGAAUUUGUCAAAGUCUCCUGGACCUUUUGCUGUUGCUAAUGGAGUUGUGAAGCAGCCACAUUUUCAGGAAAAACAGAUACCUGAAGAGCCAAAGUUGACUUCGGAUGAGUCCUGUGACCUUGACAUUGAAAAUGAAGAAGUCCUAAGUUUGCAAGAAACUCUGGAAGCACUUAGCCUGUCUGAAUAUGUUAGCAUAUUUGAAAAGGAAAAGAUUGACAUGGAAUCUCUGCUUAUGUGUACAGUUGAUGACCUGAAGGAAAUGGGCAUACCUCUUGGACCCAGAAAGAAGAUAGCUAACUUUGUAAAACAGAAAGCAGUUAAACUGGAACAGAAAAAAGCAGCAUCAGAAAAGAAGGCAGUGAUGGCGGCUUCGACAAAGGGACAAGAGGAGAGUGGCCAGAAGGCUAAAGAAAUGGCUUCUCUUUCCUCAGAAUCUAACGAGUCCAAAAGGAAACUUCCAGUUGGUGCUUAUGUGUCUUCUGUGCAUGUUGAUUAUGAAUCUUUUGAAGUUGGCACUGGACAGGUUUCUGUUGUUUACAACUCAUUAGACUUUGAACCAGAGAUUUUCUUUGCCUUGGGAUCUCCAAUUGGUAUGUUCCUCACUAUUCGAGGAGUGGAUAGGAUAGAUGAGAACUACAGGCUUCCUACGUGUAAAGGAUUCUUCAAUAUUUAUCAUCCACUUGAUCCAGUGGCGUAUAGAUUAGAGCCUAUGAUUGUUCCAGAUUUGGACCUGAAAGCAGUUCUCAUUCCACAUCACAAAGGCAGAAAAAGACUUCAUUUAGAGUUGAAAGACAGUCUCUCUCGUAUGGGAUCUGAUUUGAAGCAGGGUUUUAUUAGCUCCCUGAAAAGCGCUUGGCAGACAUUAAACGAAUUUGCCCGCGCUCACACCUCUUCAACUCAGCUGCAAGAAGAACUGGAAAAAGUGGCCAAUCAAAUUAAAGAAGAAGAAGAAAAACAAGUAGUUGAAGCAGAAAAGAUUGUUGAAAGUCCAGAUUUUUCCAAGGAUGAGGACUACUUAGGAAAGGUUGGAAUGCUAAACGGAGGCCGCCGAAUUGACUACGUUCUUCAAGAAAAGCCAAUAGAGAGUUUUAAUGAAUAUCUUUUCGCUCUUCAGAGUCAUUUGUGCUAUUGGGAAUCUGAAGAUACUGCCCUGUUGUUACUUAAAGAAAUUUAUCGAACAAUGAACAUUAGUCCAGAACAGCCCCAGCAUUGAUUGGACUUCAGCCUCACUGUACUUUCUUGUCUUUCCAGAAAGUCAGAGUAGAAAUUACAUUGCUGAGUAAACCUUCAGAGGACAUUCCCAGUUUGCUCCCGUGAUGGAUGAUGGAAAAGCAGUUCAUCGGCAUUUACUCGGGAAGAAUUCUCACAAGUAAGAAGUCACUUAAAAGAAAACAUACAGAACAGAAAGACAAUGAAGAAAAUCAGUACCACAUGUGGACAGUAUAGAUAAGAAAACAUAAUUUUUCAAAUGAUGCGAUUAAAAUUUCCUCCGAUCAGUUUAGUUGUACAGCUGUCAAAGCGACGCGUGAUACCAAUGAAGACAUAUUUGUGGCAUGCAGGCGGUUAUUUCUGUUUCUUAAAAAGCUAUUGCCAAUGGGCUAUUAAACUUGCAUUUUUAAAAAUUAAUGUAGUAUGUUCUUUUUUUCAAGUAUGGACUUCUUGAGAAACUGUAGUAGUAAGAUUUUCCAAAAAUUUAUGUUCUAUUUUUAAAUGUGAGUUGUAGUUCUCCGAGCUGCUUUACCAUGGAGUCAUCUGUAUCUAAGAGGAAGUAGCCAAGAUUGCUUAUAUUCCAAGCUGAAUCUGAGGUUUUAUGAAGCCUUUCAGGCACUCACUCAGUGCGUAGUUGUGCAAGUGAAAUGUUCCUGCAGCACGGAAGUCCUUGACAUGCUCUCCUGGCACAUCCAUGUCCAGCAGGGGUGUGGGGGACAAAUGGGAGGCUUCCCAUUUUGUCAUCUGAGGUAGCUGUGCAGCUGCCUCGUUGCUAAACUUUUAAUUAAUGUGAGAACCAAAGUAGAGUUUCUUGGGUUUUUUUCCUUUGUAUUAAUUUCACUUAUACCAAAGUGUUUCAAAGUAUGAAAUGUAUUGCUUCUAGACUAUAAAUCUACUUCUUGAAAAGACUGUUCUGUAAUAUUCCACUUUGUUUUACUAUAACUUCAAAUUAUCUUAAAUAUUUUCCUAAUACUACAUGGGAAUGCUGAUUUUUCUUCUUUUGUUAUGCAGUAGAAACAUUUUACACUGUUUAUUACAUAGUUCUCAUGGAACAUAGAGUUUUUUGAAAGCAACAUGAUACACAUUUUUUGUGUAUAUAUUCUAAUUAGUGUGAAUAAAAUAGCAACUGCAUUUUUAAAAA